AUGGACGAGGACUCACAGGAAACUCGAUUAUUCGCAGCUUUCGAGCGUCAUGACGAGUUUGUAGCAGCUCAAAACACCCUGCUGGCAGUCGAUUUGUUCGUAGAGCCCAGUCGCGAAGAGGAAGAUGUAGAACUGGGUUGCAAUCAAAAAUUAAUCAUGAUUUUUGGAGAAUACCAAGAGCAGUCGUAUCUGUUGGACCCGUACCUUGAAAGCCUCGUGUCUCCCGUCGCGGAAUGCCUCAGAAGAUAUGCAAUAACAUGCGUUAAUGCACGAGGUUCUCAGUCUUCCAGUGGCCGUGUGGAACGCCUCGCAGAUCUUCUUCAUAACUAUAUCAAGUUCCGCGGAUUCUUCCCUCAUGAAGUUUCCGAUCUCUCGAUCGCCUUGGAUUUUAUUCGGUUACCGUCAGGGCCAGUAAAAGACCUCAGUCAAUGGGGACUGCGUUAUACCGUGCUGCUUUGGCUAUCUCUCAUUUGUCGGAUCCCUUUCGACUUGCAGAAAUUCGAUGAUGCCACUCGAUCCGGUGAAACAGCGAAUGCGAUCGAGCUCGUUGGAAAAGACCGCCUGAACAUGGCUGGUUUAGAACGCGAAGGAGCGGCUACCCUUUUGGCACGCUUCUAUGCACGAAAGGACACCAAGCAGCAAUUUUCCUCUUUUGUCGAGUGGUCAAUAACGGUCUUCCACUCUUCGGAUAUCAUCCUGUCUAUAGGAGUAUUGCAAGUUCUUUGUGAAUUGGUCAAAUCUGGCUCUUCUGAACAACUCCAAGCCUUUACGCAGCAGUUCUUGGAAAUUACAGAUACCUUAGAGCAAAGUGCGACCUUGGCUAGCAACACAUUGGUACGAAAAUAUCGCACGAAACUGCUAUCGCGCGUUGCGUUGCGUUUGAUGCCUCCAAAUAUAUCCAGAUCCAAGUUAACAUGUAAUAACGAGACUAUCAAUGGGAACAUAGAUGAUGACGAUGAGGAUAUCGACGUUCCUGAAGAAAUCGACACAAUCUUGGAGUCUUUAUUUAAGAGCCUGCAGGAUAAGGACACAGUGGUACGAUGGUCAGCAGCCAAAGGCAUUGCUCGCCUUUCAGAGCGCCUUCCGUCGGAUUUCUCCUCUCAAGUAUUAGAGACGAUUCUUGGUCUUUUCUCAAUCCAUUCCGUGGCAGGUGCAAGUGUUUAUGAUACUCCUGCCAUCGCCGAAGCUACUUGGCAUGGAGCCUCUCUCGCGUCCGCAGAGAUGGCGCGGAGAGGUCUCGUUCCAACUGCUGCACUAGGUAGCCUCUUGGGCUGGCUCUCUAAAGCCCUCUACUUCGACAUACGUAAGGGGGCCCAUUCCAUUGGAUCAAAUGUACGGGAUGCUGCGGCCUAUGUGAUCUGGGCUUUAGCGAGGGCACAAGAUCCGGAUUCCUUCUCUCCUUAUGCUCGUGAACUCGCACAGUGGCUCGUUUCUGUGGCGUUGUUCGACAGGGAAAUUCACAUUCGAAGAGCGGCUAGUGCUGCCUUCCAAGAACAUGUGGGCAGAAUGGCGCUGUUCCCACAUGGCAUCGACGUCCUUAGGAAAACCGACUUCUAUGCAGUCAGCGUGCGACGGAACGCGUUCAUUGUCGCUGCUCCACAGGUCGCUGAGCACCUGGAGUACAGAUCAUAUCUGAUCGAUCACACCAUUUCGAUCACUUUGCGUCACUGGGAUGUUGCGAUGAGGGAGUUGGGCGCUCAGGCCUUGCGCCGGAUAUGCGAGCUCGACUUGAAAACACUAGGGCUAGAGUGUGCCUCGAAAAUGGCGAGAUUUUUACACUCCGUUGAUGUAUCUGAUGUACAUGGAGCACUUGUAGCAUUGACAGGUAUCUCUGAAGCGUACCGAGCCCGGGGGAGUGAAGAAAAUCUAAGCAAUCGACAAAAGAUAUUUGCCUUCAUUGCGAUUGUUCCCCAAGAUGCCGUAAUGUCACCACGAAACGGCCUAGUACUUGCGGCGGCGUGUGAUCUCAUUGCAAGCAGCCUGACACUACAGGAGGUUGAGCUUCAAGAAAAAUCAUCCGUUCCCCAUUGGAAAAGGAUUAUAGACCAGGGACUGCGACACAGAAGCUCUUCCGUCCAACAAGCUGCCGCUGCUGCCAUGGCCACAACAAACAGUAUGUAUGGAGUCCUUGAUGCCCUUGACAGCGGACUGGAUGAUUACACGAUGGAUGAGCGUGGCGACGUUGGCUCGUGGGUACGGAUGGUGUGCAUUCAAGGUCUAGCAUCGAUUUUCGAAGAUCUCUUUCGCGUUUCAGGAAACAUACCUGACUUCGCAAAUUACUUGCCUGCGCAGAGGUAUCACAGUGUGAUAGCCAGAAUCCUUCGUCAAGGCGUCGAAAGACUGGAUAACGUACGGCAAAUCGCAGGACAAUGUUUGUUGCGAUUGUUUCGCAUGCCUCUCCCAACCGUUCCUCAUCAAGAGGAAUGGUGUAUCAAAGGCUCAGAACUCCUGAUGAAACUUGACACAUCGGACACUAUGACCAGCUGGAGUGUUGGGGAAUGGCUAUUUCCUAAAGCCGUAGAACUACUCAGCAUACAAGAGUACAGACAACCCCUACUGACAGGUCUUAUACACAGUGUAGGAGCUAGAACUGGAAGCACGCACCGUCCAGCAUCUUUGAGUCUGGUUUCGUUUGCGCAGGGCCUUCCAUUGUCCUCCGACGAUUCUGGCUAUAGUUUGUCCGAGCUGUGUGACGACCUCACUGAGUGCGCACAAGGGAGAACGACGUCAAACGCGGUAGUGGUCCCUGUCUUGCAAACGUUCAAUAUGCUUUUGGAAGCAGAUGUGUUAUCUCGCCUGUCUAGCGUUGGCAACGGCCCAUCAAAACUGGAGAAAUUAUUGAACAUUGCAACGAGAAAUGUACAGCGAUUGAAGAAUGUACAGCGAGUGCAGGAGUCCAUGAAAAUCGUCGUAAAUCUCUUGGUCGUUUCCUCGGUUUCAAAAUCAUCCUCGGAGCGAAUCAUUGACUUCCUUUCUCACCCUUAUCCAAAGAUCCGGACCAGUACGGCUGAGUACCUCUACACGUUCAUACAAAGCAGGGACCUCGGCUGGGAGGCAGAUGAAGCAGUAGAUGAACUGCUUCUCGAAACAGAAUGGUAUGUUUUUGAAAUUGUGUCUCCUUUCGUCCUUCAAAUAGCUGACUUUGUCACAGGUCUUCGGAAAGCAUGCAAGUGA